UCCGCUCCGUCCUCGCCCCUGGCGAGCCCCGACUACUACGAGAGGCUGGGCCGCCUCCAGCACGGGCUGCGGGACAGUGAAAAGAAGAGAUUGGACCUGGAAAAGAAACUUUAUGAAUAUAGUCAGUCUGAUAUAUUCAGAGCUAAACUGAAGUAUAUAAAACUAAAGAAAUACCUGAAGGAAAUAUGUGAAUCAGAAAAGAAGGCUUGUACUCGAAACCAGGAAUAUUUAAAGCAGUUUGAGUGUAUCCAAGCUCAGAUUGGACACUUUACCUCAAAUACUGAGAAGUUUCAAGAACUAAAGAUUUACUCUGAGACUCAAAUUAAGAAGAUACAGCUACUGUCAAAAGAUAGCCUGGGAGUGAAAGGCGAACUGAAAAAUGAAGACAGAGAAAAGGUUGCGGUGCAGGCAGGAAUGAACUCAGGGACAGCCGUGUCAAAAGGACUGUAUCAACCAGCAACCAUCUUUAUGGGCUGCCAAAUGUCAGCUGUCUCAAGCAUUGGAGACUUCAGUACAGUGCAGAAAUCUUCCCAACCCACAAAGAACUUCUCGAUUCCUGACCCACAUUCACACCAGCAGACAGCCCAGAGCUGCGCCGUGACAGACAGCUAUGUAGUACAAACUCACAGUGACACACCGUGCUUAAAUAAGUCUAACAAAACGGAGGGAAAGACAUCUCUUCAGAUUGGUGAGAAGACGCUAGUCACAGCCAGGGUGUUGUCUGAGGAGGAACAAGCUCAUUGCUUGGAGAUAGGAAGCAGCACGCGUCAUGGGAAGAGUAAUUUAUCUGAAGGCAGAAAGUCGGCUGAACUCCAUUCCCUGUUACAGGGAAGAUUAAGUCCAGAGAACAGAACCACUGAUUUAAAGUGUGACAGUUUCAGCAGAUCAGAGGGAUCACAGGGAGAAGUACUGACACAAGAACAUAUUGGAGUCAAGGAAGAAAGAGCCAGACCGCCUGUCUCUCCGAUAUCAGCCUCAGAAUACCCUGUAUCUGAAAGGAAGUGUCCGCAAGACGAGCAUUCCGAGGGGGAAGGUUUCUCAGAUCAUCUUCCUCAUGCGGACCCAGAGUCACAGAAACCCUUCAGGAAAAUGCAGGAAGAGCAGGAGGAGGAAAGUCUGAGCAGCAGCAGUGGCCUCACAGUUUCUCUAAGUGAAGAUGAUCUGAUUUUCAAGAGUCCAGAACCACUACCAAAUCCAGGUGACAAGAUGGAGGGAGAAGAUGGAAUAGAGGCCUUAAAAUUAAUCCACUCUGAGCAAGAAAGAGAUGCCCCAUCCACUGAAAAGCAUAAUUGUAUUUUGCAAACUCUAAGCUCUCCUGAUUCAAAAAAGGAAUCCUCUUCUAACUCACCAACAAGACAAUCUGAGCAAGCACCAGCCUCAGGCUUAUUAAGGGCACGAUUGGGUCAGCAUGUCUCCACCUUGAAAGAACAUGAUAAUUCUAAUAAAGAAGAAAUAGGUAAACUGUCAGAAGUUUUCCCAGUCAAAAAUGUGGACCAGAGGACAAAGGCCACAGCACUAUUGAAAAGAGCCCCCACAGAAGAGCAUGAGGAUGGGUCAGCUAUUCACAGUAAUGAAUCAUCUUGCAGCUUGCCAUCUAUUCUGAAUGACAAUGGUGGAACAAAGGAGGCAAAAUCCGCUCCGUGGUUCAACAGAGUUCUUACGAGGGAACAAGAAGUUUCAAGUGGCUGCAGAGAGGAGAGCAAGGAAGAAGAAAGCAUGGCAGCAAAGGUUCCAAUCACAGAAACAAAAGCCUACCAGUUGCUGAAGCAUUCUACCCUUCAGGAUAAUACAAACCAAACUGAAGACAGAUUCCAGAAGGAUGCUUCUGCAUCACAGCUGUCAGGUUUGAACAUUGGCAGUGAUACAGUGAAGACAAAGACAACUCACAGAAUCACUUCGGAAGCGAGUUUUUCAUCUAGCGAAGGAAGUCCUUUGUCAAGCCAUGAAAACAAGAGGAAACUAACUACUACCUUAAAGUCUAAAGCCUUCUGGGGUGAGUCUGAUGACAGUAACUCAGAAAUUGAAGCCGCUUUACGUCCUAGAAACCAUAACACAUCCACAGAUGAUUUUGAUGAUUUUUAUGACUAAUAAGCUAUAACAGCUGUUGAAAUAAAGUAUCUAAACAAAUUGAAA